GGCAGAGGUGGCGAUGGCGGAUGCGUUUCCCAGCCGGCGGAUUUUCGUCUUUUUUACUCUUUCUCCCUGUCAUUUAUCUUUGCGUCGUAGCUUCGGUUCAAACGAGCAAGAGAUAUGAACGGGACUUCAAUUCCUCCCUGGGAGAACUGUAUGCUGUGCUUGACACAACUUGGAUUUGUUGACAGCUGAUCAUUGCUUCUUCCCCUCCUUUUGCCAUGGGAAGGUUCUACAUCUCUUGUCUAUUCCCGGCUUCGUGGCAUUUCAGCUUCUCUGCUUCCACCUGCCCACGUCCAUUCAACACCAUUUUCCGUCAGUUGACAGCUCUCGCGUUGAUUGUUGUCAUCUUAACUUUACUGUAUGUUCUGCUCGUUUUGGAUAAGAAUGGAUGGGGGCGGUUAUACCAGGACAAAGGAGAUAGGUACUUUACCAAAUUGUUGGACAUGGAAGCUACCGAUAUUAAGAACCCUUAUUUAAACUACGGCAUCGUGAUAGACUGUGGAAGCAGUGGCUCGAGACUCUUUGUGUACUGUUGGCCAAGGCACAAUGGCAAUCCACACGAUCUGCUGGAUAUCAAACAGAUGAGGGGCAGGAACAGGCAACCUGUCGUGAUGAAGAUCAAACCAGGAAUUUCAGAGCUGGCAGCCACACCGGAGAAAUCCAGUGAUUACCUGGCACCUCUUCUGAAUUUUGCAGCAGAUCACAUUCCUCACUCGAAGCACCAAGAGACUCCUCUUUAUAUCCUGUGUACGGCUGGGAUGAGAGUUUUACCUGAAAACCAGCAAAAUGCCAUCCUUGAAGAUCUCCGUACAGAUAUUCCACUGAACUUUGAUUUCCUCUUCGCAGACUCACACGCAGAAGUCAUUUCAGGCAAGCAAGAAGGAGUUUACGCUUGGAUUGGAAUCAACUUUGUCCUGGGACGAUUUGACCACAUCAGCAAUGGUGAGGACUCGGUUGUGGAAGUCAAGGUUCCUGGUACGGAGACUCAGGCAGCUGUUGUCCGGAAGAGGACAACUGGUGUCCUGGACAUGGGAGGGGUAUCUACUCAGAUAGCCUAUGAAGUUCCCAAAACUGUAAGCUUUGCCUCUUCACAGCAGGAAGAGUUGGCCAAGAACCUGCUGGCAGAGUUCAACCUGGGCUGUGAUGCCCAUCACACGGAGCACAUAUACCGUGUCUAUGUCACCACCUUCCUGGGCUUCGGUGGGAACGCUGCUAGAAAGCGCUAUGAGGAGCACAUUGUCCACAAGAUCACGCUGACCAACAGGUUACUGGGCCAGAAGACUGGCCUGACAGAAGAAAUCCCAUACCUGGAUCCCUGUUUGCCAGCUGACAGCAAGGAUGAAAUUCAUCAAGGCGGACGCACUCUGUAUUUGCGAGGACUGGGAGAUUUUGAUUGGUGUCGGCAAAUCAUUCGUCCGUUCUUAAACAAAACCAAUGAGACUUCAACAUCGCUCAGUGGGGUGUACCAGCCUCCGGUAGACUAUUUGAACAGUGAAUUUUACGGUUUCUCCGAAUUCUAUUACUGCACCGAAGAUGUCUUGCGCAUGGGUGGUGACUACGAAGUUGCUAAAUUCACUAAGGCUGCUAAGGAUUAUUGUGCAACCAAGUGGGCAGUUCUGAAGGAACGUUUUGAGCGUGGCUUGUACUCCAGGCAUGCUGACCUCCACAGACUCAAGUAUCAGUGUUUUAAGUCUGCCUGGAUGUAUGAGGUGCUGCACAGCGGAUUUUCCUUCCCCGUCAACUACACCAACUUGAAAACUGCCCAGCUGGUUUAUGACAAGGAGGUUCAGUGGACACUGGGGGCAAUUCUCUACAGGACACGGUAUUUACCCCUGAGGGACAUUCCACUGGACGACUUCAAAGGGAACCACGCACACUGGAGGGGCUCGUCCUUCGUCAACAACCACUAUGUAUUUUUUGGCUGUUUCCUGGUUGUCCUCCUGUCCAUCCUCCUCUACCUGCUGCGACUGAGGCGGAUCCACCGCAGGAUGCAACACCAUGGGCGGAAAGGGGAAGCCGGCCUCCCUCCGAUGCCAGACGUUGCCUGAAAGCUGGUGAUCCGGGCGGGGGGAAUGGGCCGGGCUCCCACUUGGAGCGGUGGGGCCAAGUGCAAUCUUCGAAAACCAAAACCAGGAAGGGCAGCAAGCAGACGGUGGGUGGUGGAAAAGCAAAGGGAUGCAGCUGACGUUUGUUCACAUCACGAACACCCAUCUGAGGUGUUCCUGUUUGGACACUGAUAGGCAGGCGCAUGUGGCAGAAGCAUAGGCAAAGCUGAUUCUCCAAGCUGCAGUGCAGUACUCGACUGCUGGUUGGAAAUUGCAUGACCCUGCUUGAGAAAAGCCAGGAAACUCCAUCUUUUCAUUUCAGAGAAACAAUCUCAAAAACCGAAGAGCUGCAGUCAUUCACAUGGGUGACAUGAAGAGCUUUCAGUCCGAAUUGUGUGGCAACUCUGAGAGAAAAGCUUGUUAAAUUUGAACUGGGUGUUGUCUGAAUGACUGCAGGGACCAAGAGGAAGAGGGUCAAUGGUGAGCCUCGUAGAAAUGCAUUGGGGUGCAAGAGCUGUUGGGCUGAUUUUGACAAUCAGAAACUCAAAAUUAUAUUUAUUUACAGCUGCAAUAAGUGGAGAUGUUAUGUUGAAAUCGGUGAUAUGAGUGACAAUAAAUGUAUUUAUAAAAUG